AUGAUCGCAAUUUUGAUUUUGGGAUUAAGUCUAGUUACGUUCAGUUCCAUCGAUUCAACUGUAGGCAGCAGAAGUUAUGAUGAAGAAGUGUGUGAUCCACAUACAAUGACAAUAGAUCAAUAUCCGGGACUCCUAACAAAAUUAGAUGUUGUUUUAUUAAAUCCACUGAAAUUACGUGCACAUUUCCGUUUGCCGAAUAGUACCAAAGAAAUUACAGCAGAAGGAAUGUCUCGCGGCAAUACUGUUCACUUCAGUCAGGAGAGUGCCGUCGUUGCAUGUCGUUCACUUGGAUGUAGUAAAGCGGCUGGAAGAACUGGUGUCCGUGAUUGGGCAGUAACGCAAACAUGUCGAUUUACGUGUCCGGACGGUACCAGUGCAUUACAGACAUGUCGUAAUAUGCAACAAAAUUUCAAAUGCCCAACAGAUGCAAUGAGCCUAAAAGAAUGUAUUACAAAUCCAUUUUUUACAGGUAUACCAGGAGAUAAUUUAAAUGGCAUAGCAUUAGUCUGUUUAGAAUGUGGUAAAGACUAA